CAAUAAAUGAAAACAAAAAAAACAAUGAUAAAUAUUUCCAAUACAACUCUGUUUUAAUGGUAUUACGUAUAUCGAUCAAACAUCAAUGCGUGACAGUGUGACUUACAUAUAACAAGACUAUAAUUUUCAGAAUUUCCUAAUUUUUAAUUCGUACUGUCUUUAAUGGAGGAAAAUAAAGAACAAAAACCACCACAACAUGAACCUGUGGAGGAAAGAAAAGCUUCAAAGGAGGACAAAGAAAAAACGGAAAAUCCACCAGCCGCAGUUGAAAAACCGGCCAAGACAAGUUAUGGUAGAAAGAAAAGAAAGCCUAAAAUUACCAUUGGCGUACGCGAACCUAUACGAAAAACCAUAUACGAUAUCCUUUUGGAAAAUCUAAAAUUUUCAGGAAGAAAAACAUUUAUCCAUCGAUUGAUUUACGCAGGAAUACACACAUUCCCAAUAGAACAGAACUGUAAAUUUGACACAGCAACUCCGAUAACAAAAUUUUUCAGAAACAUUAUAAACAAAACGAACAACUCUGUGUAUGUUUUAGAAAAAAUGACGGGAUUUUUGGUAUAUUACGAUAUGCAUUUUAUACACUUGGUCGAGGGCGAUGAAGACGCUUUGGGAAUACAUUUACGAUUAUUGUACGAGUCUGAAGAUUUUGAUAAAAUUGAAAAAUUGAAAUUAUUUGCCGUAGUUAACCACAUACAUGCUAGAAUGAUGACUGAUUGGCUGUUUUAUUAUGGAACUCCAAGGAAGUGUGUGGCUACAAUAGACAUUUCGACUGGGGAAGAUUUGGCCAUGGUCUUGUACAUAUGCAUUCAGAAAGUUUUAAAAUUAAUUAUACAAAUUUCGUCCCAAAUGUCUCAAUCAGAUAUACUUGUGGAUCCGUCAAGUUUGAGGAUCAGAGGAUCAGAUACCGAAAAUGUACCUCGAGCCAGUAGAUCCAGUAUAACAGUGACUGCCAGUAACAUUCAUAAUAGAAAUAAUCCAAUGAAAGGCUUGCUGCCCGAAGUUGAACAGCUGGAUAUUCUUCUGCCUUCCGAAUGGAUACCAGAGCUUGUCGAAUAUAAAAAUUCCUAUGGGAGAUACGUUGUAAGGGCUUCUUAUAAAGAUCAGGUAUGGCCGAUCCCUUCAGACUUCAUACCAUACGAUAUAUUCGAUACCGGAUACCGUAUGGUGAUCGAAUUCCCCAAGUCUGGUACCAAAAAAGAACAUGUUGCCAGGCGGAAAUCAGAGCAACCCCCGGAGGACGAUGGAAAGAAUAGGAAACAGGCUGAGCUGGAAGAAGAAGAAAAAGAAGAUGAAGAAGAAGAUGAUGAAGAAGAAGAUGAUGAUUUAGAUGAAAAAGAGUUUACAAAAUAGGAAUUACGAGAAGCUUAUUUUGUUGCUUUAAUGAAGAGCCCAGAAGAAUAAUUGUUUUAGUUACUUGUUCAUCUUUAUUUCCUAGAUUUUUUUAUUAAUGUUUUUGAUAAUGUACUUAUCGGUAUAGGUACAUUCUUAAAAUGUUUCCAUAAUAUGUCAUUCUUAUUUAAUAAAAUAAUCUUAAUGUUGUUUGUAUUUGUAUACCUAUUUUUACACUAUAUUGUAUACUAUUCUGUAAGCCUGUUAAUUAUUUUUUAUUUAUUGUUUUUAAUGUAGCGGU